GUAUGGAGCGCGCGGCGGUACUGCGCGUGAAGCGGAAGCGCGGGGGGUCGGAGCCGGCCGAGGCCCUGGUGAUCGCCUGCAAGCGGCAGCGCACCGAGCCGGGCCCCGCGGCCCCCCGCGACCCGGUGGAGAAGAGUCUCUUCAAGCUGGUGACUACCGUGUCCUCGCAGAAUGAGCCUGUUCAGAAGUAUGUACAAGAAGCUAUUACUCGAGAUAAAGCAGCAGAGAUUCUGCGACCCUCUUUGGGAAGCACUCAAAGAAUCAUUCAGGACCUUCGCUCCUCCAAGCAGGUGAAGAGGCAGGAAAACCGGUACCGCAUCAUAACCAGCCACCGGCCGAACUGUGCUGAAAGAGAAACAAUUGCGCUUGACGCAAAUGGCGAGGAGACAAAUGAGGGUGCCAAACUGGACCCUGGAGCAAAAAAAGACACUUCACACCAAGAAAGCACUGCCAUUUAUGGUAGUUCAAGUUAUUUGGGGGAAUUCCAGUUGUUCGAUGUAGUACAAGAGGAGGAAGUAGAGAGAGAUCACAAUAUCGCUGCAGCACACACACAGAAAACUGAUGAUCCAGAUGCGAUUCUUUGCAAUGCAGUCGAAAUGAUCCGUGAGCGUUUAACUGUAUCUGAGAACGAUAAAGGAUUAGAACAUCAUGGGAAGGAAGAGGAUUACGUUUAUGAUAUUUACUACAUGGAAACAGCGACUUCUGGCUGGAUCCAGAACAUCCUCUCUGUGCAGCCUUACACACAGGAAUAUGAACUGGUAGAUGAUGAUCAUAUUUCUGAAGAAAUAUAUGAUGAUGAAGAUGAUGAAAACAAUGAGAAUAAUUGGCGUAAUGACUAUCCUGAUGAAGAGGAGUUCCUUCCUGAGGAAGAUGAAGACGGAGAAGGAAAAGAUGGAGAAUCUGAUGGGAGCUUCAGUGAUGAAGAUGGCAGGGGUAUCGGGAGCAGAACAUGGGUCAAAUACCACUCUGAUAUUCUGCAGGAGUUUGAAUAUGAGGUGGUCCAGGAUUUAGAUUCUGAUUAACACUAAAUCUGAAUACUAGCAUACUGCCUGCAUAUUAUUCUUGACUUCCCUGCAAAAGUCCAGAAAAUUACUGCUGCUUUUGGUAGCUCUUUAUGGAAAUAUUAAGGUGAGACCAAAGAAUGGAAAAGCAUUUCCUUCUGGUAAAACAAAUAGCUUCCUACUGUUGUACAAAAUGUCACAUUUUAAAAGGAAGCUGUCUUUGUCCAUGUUUGAUCUGUACAAUUGAUACUGUAUUUGAUUAUAUAUGUUUCCUAACCUGAGCCUUUGGGAAAGUAGAAGUCUGCAAAAACUGAACUUUUUGGCAUGAAAUUUGCUUAAAAAAUUUUGUACUUAAAAUCCAGGAAGCAUCUGCAAUUUCAAGUUGGUAGUAUUUAACUCCAUGAGUGAGUGUUAAGUAAAGCAACUCAUUCAUAAUGUGACUUUUUAACCAGUAGCAAAUCUGUUUGAGUGAAAACUUAAUUUUCUAAUUUGAGUAUUACAAUUAUGGCAAGUAGAGAGGCAAUCUUGGCUUUAAGAAAGAGCUGCAUUACUAUUAUAAGAGCUACUUUCUCUGUAUACAUGAAAAGAAUGGUCAAUCUCUAGACAUGUCCUAGGGCUUUUUGGCUAGACACCUUUUCCUUUGUAUCACUGAAACAGAGUAAGGUAAAGCAUUUAUACACUUGAAUUUGUAAAUAAAAAUGAUUUUUUUAAA